GUGAUGAUGUACACAGAACCCGUUUGCCCUGUUUGGGCGAUGGUGACGGACACGUGUCCCACAGUUUGUGCUCAGGAGCUGGUGUCGAGGCUGUGAAUUGUCUUUUCUCUGGUUAAAUUAAACGUCAAUACCAAAAUGGGUUACAGGACCGUGGUGAUGUACAUGGAGAUCGGUUGCUUUGUCGCCUGUGUGACCGGCUGGAUCCUGGUGUGUUCAACGAUGCCAACAGAAAUCUGGACGUGGUCUGAGGUGGACAGCAUCGUCCUGACCACUUCCAACUAUUUCUCCAACCUGUGGAAGGAUUGUGUGUCUGAUUCGACUGGAGUAUCGGACUGCAAGGGAAUUCCAUCCAUGCUGGCACUCAACUGGGACAUUCACAUGUGCAGAGCUCUCAUCAUCAUCUCCAUCAUUCUGUCUUUCUUUGGAUCAGUCCUGGUCUUAGUGGGGAUGAAGUGCACUAAGAUUGGGGGAUCGGAGAUUGCUAAUGCAAGAGUAACCUUUGCUGGGGGGAUGAACUACUUCAUCGGAGGGAUGUGUUCCAUGGUCGCUUUCUCUUAUUAUGGAAACAAAAUUAAUUCUGAAUUUCAAGACCCAAAUUUCAAAGCUCAGAAGUUUGAAAUAGGUGUUGGUGUCUUUAUCGGCUGGGGAGGCUCCACCUUACUUGUUGUUGGAGGCCUUAUUUACAGUAUCUUUGCCGGGAGGGAAGGAUGUCAAUCAAGCUCCGAACGCUACCCACCAUACCAGUUCCCUGAAGCCUACGCAUUCAUCCCGACGAAAAGAGCCCCAGCGUCAUUGGCCCGCACAGCGAUGAGCGACACCAGGAAAUCCAGGAAGACCAGUGGAAGCGGAGUCAGCAGUAUCUCUCGCGGCUCCAGUCUCACCAAGACGACAUUGAGUAUUGCAUCCGGGGUCAGCAGUAUCACCAAGACGACAGCAAGCAACGUGUACGUGUAAAAACAGCGGGGGGAUUUAUUUUGAAAUAUAAAUGAACAUUAGUAAGUCCACUGUUGAGCUUUAAUGGUAGCCUUCCAAAUGUUGGCCGGUUCAUAACUGACCUUUGGACUUUUCAAAGGAAGAACAAUAACAAGAAAAAACACACAGAACUAAUUGUGCUAAAUAAACUUCUUAAUAUUUACAGGUGAUUUUUCAACUGUAUUAUAAAAUGUGUGCUAGAUCUGUUUUCUCCCGUGCAUUAUGCAAAUGUUCAGUAUGAUGGUUCAGUAUGAUGACAUUUAUAAUAUGUAAUAAAGUUUCAUCAUUGUUAUGUUAAAAAUCAUUGUUUAUUUUAGGAGUACAAAUAAACUCUGCAAUAUCAUGCUUGAACAAAGAAAGCUGUCAUGAGACAUUGUUAGAUGUUGUAAGAUAUUUUUGAAAUGUAAAAUAAAACAAACCUUUGAUAUUGA